UAUUACACUAUCACUCACUUGGGAUUGGGCAUUGGGUAUCGAUUGUAAACUUUCCAUCCAUCCUUUCGCUAUUCGCGUCUGCAAUCGCAUUUACGGUCAUCAAUCAAUACGCGAACUUCGGUCCCAGAGUGAAUUGUGUAGUGUCAGUCAGUGGCAAUGCAGCAGUCCCAGUUCCGAGCAAUCGUCGUCGUCGUCAUUCUUUUUUGCCUAUCACUGCAGACGCAUUUAGGAAAAUCGGAUUUUACGCUCGGAGAAACGUUCGAUCCGGAGGAAACGGCUUUCGAGUUUACCCGCUGCAUCGAGGAUAAUGCAGCUGGCGAUGGGAAAGAUGGACUUAGGAAGAGAAGAAUCGAUCGGUGGCUCAGCUGGGAACUGGAAGAGGGAGACGCAGAUACACAACGUUUCGUCGAUUGCCUUCUGAGAAAGCUUCAACUGUUUGGGGAAAAGUUCAAGAUCGAAUAUCUCUACUACCAAUACGAAUUUUUCAUGAUGUACACAAACAAGAGUAUGGAAUUUCCAUCGGAUGAUUGGAAUAGAGCCAACAUGGGUGCAGAUUCUGAGGAACCUUACGAGAUCUACACCAGAAUUAUUUCGCCCCACAAAGAUGCAUUCAGAACGAUUUAUUUCUUGGAUAAAGAGCUCUCUAGUCAUGCUUAUGAGGUGGCUUCGGAGUGGAAAUGUUUUUCAUGCAACAACACAAUUGAUUGGAAAAUCUUAUUUCAGAACUAUACAAUCAAACAACCCAACCAAUCUAUUUUUCAGUUUUGUGAGCAGAGAUACUACAGCCACAAUUUGAAGCUGACGUGUGAUGCACGCAACUACAGCAUCCUUCAGGACGAACAGUUUCCCCGUCUUAUGCAUUGCAUCUUCUUAGGACUCAGAUACAUUAAUCGUUCUGGGAAUCUUGAUGUCAACGAAAUCGCACGAGAUUUUCAUCAAAUAGGCGUGUAUCACUUGGACGAUCUAAUCGAAAAACAACUUUACAACUGUUCGAACCCAUCGCUGGAAGCACAUCUGCAAACGUUAGAGUACUAUCUUUGCUUGCUGAACAGCUCCUUUGUGGAGGACUUUAAGAACGCACUGGAUUAUCGUGAAGUUCGGAGCAUGAACUACGACUAUGCUUUUGCUGAUCCCCUUCCAACGUAUGAUCGUUCCACUGUUCAGAGGAAAGUUACCGAAAUACAUCGUGAGAUAUGUGAACGUUAAAUACCUACAUAAACAUGCAUUACUGCGUUUCAAAUGCGCUUAGUUUAAAUCAUAAGAACUUUGAGGGAUGUCUCAAACGUAGCAUAGUAGCAAGUCACAUAUUUUCAGAUUAUGUGAUCUCUUUAGGCUAGUUUUCAAAACUAAAGUAAAGGCUUCAAUAAAAAAAUCCUUUGCGCUCCCCACACAAAUCGGGGGAUCAACUCA